AUUAGUAUAAAUAAUUAACUCUUGUAACCAGAAAAAUGAUAUUACAACUAUUUUUUUUCCGAUUUUUGGUUUUUGCUACAGUACAGGCCUUUCCUUUAGAUUCGGAUACUGAAAAAAUAAGCCCAGGAGACGCAUCUUACGCCAAUGCAAAAAAGUGUGAUGCAAAGUUGACAUGGUACCGAGAUACAACCAAAAAAUUACAAGACUUGUACGGUAAAUAUUAUAAAGAGUACCAAAAUUUCAAAAAGACGAAUAAUCCAAAUGUGAGUGAAAUAGAAACUAUGCAUAGCGAAUAUGAAGAGAUGAUUAUGAACGCAUUGCAUAGGUACGAAACAGAUUCAGAGAAAAUUUACAAGAUAUCAGACGACUCAGCCCGCUUGGUUUUUUGUCAGAAGGAAAUCAAUUGGUUCAAAGUAUUAGAUCAAAACUUGACGCGCAUGGGAACAAAUAUAAAAACCGAUGUGUUAAAUGUCCUCGACGUUCUAGGAGUAUCAAAAGAAACGAGAGAUUCCUUAGACGAGACUCUCGGCAGGAUCGUCAACUUUCUGUUUAUAAUCGACAUGAGUAAAAAUAUAUUCAAAGAUGUCAGGUCUUUAUUUGAUGAAGUUCGUGUGGUAACUGAGGCCGGAAUUUCAUUGGAAAAAAUUUAUAAAGUUAAUCCUGAUGGUGAAGUAAUAGAAAAGGCCAAAGAAAUUGAUGAAAAUUACAGAGAAGUUUUCGAGUCUAAGAACGAAAUAAUGUUGAAUAAUGAGAUCAACGAGCUUGCAGAUGAAGAAAGGAUCACCAAGGCAAAAAGUCGAGUAGCAGAUAAUGAAGAGUGGAAUAUAAAUGAAGAAGAGGUUCUAGGAAAUGGUAUUGAAGAUGACAAUAUUUUUGAAAAACCAAAGGAAGAACCUCAUGAAUUCAAAAGACCCCUAGAAAAAUCGAAGAGUUUUGAAAUUAAGAGAUUUCCCGGCUAGUACUUCAAUCGACAGAUGAUGACAAUAAUAUCUUAAUGAAUGGCAUUCAACUGUUAAAAUAGCUCAAAUUCAGUAGACUUUAGUGUGAAAAAGAAGAGGGAUAAUAAAUAUAUCUAUAAAAAUUACGUA